GUUAAAUUUGAAUUUCGAAAAAAAUUUAUAUCGCGGGAAAACAAUAAAAUAGAACAACGAAUAAAAAAAAAUGACACGUCUUGGUAAAACAUUAGUACUCGGUGUAUGUUUAAUCGGUCUUUGGUUACGGUUAUUGAUGAUGAAAGAAGCUGAAACAUAUUUAUCCCGAAUUCAUAUACAAUUAAUGCCCAUCUAUACAAUCAUUUUAUUCGGUAUCAUUUCAGCUUUAAUUGUUCUUUAUCGUACAUUCACAUUUAAUGGCUGUCCCGAAGCUUAUGAAGAAUUAAAAGCCGAAAUUAAAGAUGCUAAAAAUGAUCUUAAACAAAAAGGAUUUGAAUUUAAAUGAAUGACAAACAAAAUUUUUUAUUUUUUUUAUAUCUUUCAAAUGUA